AUGGCAGGCCCUAACCUUGAGCUCUUCAAGUUUGGUGUGUACCUCUUCUUCCCAUUAGCUGUCAUGGUCCACUAUGGCUCACCGCAAUGGUACUCUGAAAACGUCCUCCCUAUCCGAGACCAAUUCUGGCCCAAGGAAGAAUCGCUUUAUCGACCACCACGUAACUCUGAAGAUGUCAAGGCAGCGCUGGACGAGAUGAAAGCGAAAAGACUGGCGAGACGAGAGGCGAGGCUGAAGGAGCAGGCGGACGAGCUUUCAUCACCGUCGGCUUCGGUAUCAACGUUGGCGACGGAUUCUGCGUGGAAAAAACAGGAUGAAUCGCAACCAUCGAGGAUUUCCAGCUUGAUUGAGGACAAAAAAUCUCAGCGGCUGGUGUGA